GGAGGGAAGAGGGGCGAGUGGGCGGGGCCCAUGUGACGUCAGCGCAAGAUGGCGGCCUCGGCGGCGCGGGCCCUGCGCUGGCGGAGCGGGCUCUCGCUCGGCGCGCGGGGCUUGUGCGCGAGGCUGGUGACGCUGCCCCCGCGGGCCUCGGGCCAGGCCAAGGAGAUCGGGAGCCGCCCAAGCACUAAGGCCCAGGCCCAGGCACAGGGGUCACAGCAGCAGCAGCAGCAGCAGGGCACAGAGGGUCCCAGCUAUGCCAAAAAAGUCGCACUCUGGCUUGCUGGGCUGCUUGGGGCUGGUGGAACCUUUUAGGAGACCAUGUUUCAAGCCUUCUUCCCUUACACCCAAGAAUCCAGGGCCUCUACUUUUUUUCUCCCUCAUGGCCCAAGAGAUGGGGUCCCAGUUCCUCUGGUUCAUCUCUGUCUUCCUUGCAGGAAACAACUCUGUGGAUGAAACUGGUGCCAAGAUUCCCGAUGAAUUCGACAAUGAUCCAAUUCUGGUACAGCAGUUACGCCGGACAUACAAAUAUUUCAAAGAUUAUAGACAGAUGAUCAUUGAGCCCACUAGCCCCUGCCUUCUCCCAGACCCUCUGCGAGAGCCGUACUAUCAGCCGCCCUACACGCUGGUCUUGGAGCUCACUGGCGUCCUCUUGCACCCUGAGUGGUCGCUGGCCACUGGCUGGAGGUUUAAGAAGCGUCCAGGCAUAGAGACCUUAUUCCAGCAGCUUGCCCCUUUGUAUGAAAUCGUCAUCUUCACAUCAGAGACUGGCAUGACUGCAUUUCCACUCAUCGACAGUGUGGACCCCCACGGCUUCAUCUCCUACCGCCUCUUCCGGGAUGCUACACGAUACAUGGACGGGCACCAUGUUAAGGACAUUUCCUGCCUGAAUCGGGACCCAGCCCGUGUAGUGGUUGUGGACUGCAAAAAGGAAGCCUUCCGCCUACAGCCCUACAAUGGUGUCGCACUGCGGCCCUGGGAUGGCAACUCUGAUGACCGGGUCUUGUUGGACCUGUCUGUCUUCCUGAAGACUAUUGCAUUGAAUGGUGUGGAGGAUGUCCGGACUGUGCUGGAGCACUAUGCCUUGGAGGAUGACCCGCUGGAGGCUUUCAAACAGCGCCAAAGCCGGCUGGAGCAGGAAGAGCAGCAGCGCCUGGCCGAGCUCUCCAGAUCCAACAAGCAGACACUCUUCUUCAGCUCUCUUACCAGCCGCCUGUGGCCUCGCUCCAAACAGCCCUGACCCGGGCCUCCUCAAACGUAGUGCCUCGGUCCUGGACCCCAGGCCGCAGUGCUCCCAGACCACGGCUUGGGCAGCCACAUGUCCAAUAAAGUCCAUCCGAGACGCCAUA